CGUGUAGUUUCUCCGUGAAGUGAUACCAGCAAGGUGUGUCGAUGUCUGCGGAGUACAGCGCGAGGAUCACGGUGACGGGAGGCAUGGGGGACAACGGAGAUGUUUACAAGAGGACCUUCAAUGGCAGCUGCAGGGUGGGCCUUAAAAAGGGGAAGGGCUCCAUCGCCCAGAGAGCGGAGGCGUACUUGCAGGCCGUGAGCAAAAGCCGCCCGGCUGGGGCGCCACCCAUGGUGACUGCAUCAUCGAAGCCACAGUUGCCGCGCCUGGAGGUGGUCUCCAGGGUCGCCGCCAUCCCCAUCGUGGAGUCCGGCAUCGGGGUCACCGAGAAGAUAUACUUCAGGAUCAAGGAGUCGAACCCCCUGUUCCGCUGGUACCUGUCCCUGUACGAGAAGACGCUGAGCACGGGCGUGCAGCUGGCGCUGCCGGCCGUGCAUCUGCUGGAGGCGCCCAUCCACCAGCUGGACCGCUUCCUGUGCGCGUCGCUCGACGUGGUGGAGAAGCGCGUGCCGUCCAUCCACCUGCCGCCGCAAACUAUGUACAGUGAAACCCGUCAGUACGUGCUCCGACGGGCGGAUUCCGUGAAGCAGCUGGGCACGGCCGUGCUGGACUCGCGCGUCACCUGCGCCACGGCCAGCGCGCUCGACAGGGCGCUCUCCACCGCGGACAAGUACGUGGACAAGUACCUGCCGCCCGACACCAAGGACCCCGUGGACGUGAGCAUCAUCGUGCAAGACGCGGAGUGGUCGGGCGGGAGCGGGCGCGCGGCGGCCGCGCAGGCGGUGCAGCACGGCGCGCGCCUGCGCCGCAAGCUGCAGCGCCGCCUCACGCGCCAGGCGCUCGCCGAGGCCAAGGCCAUCCGCGAGCAGAUCCACGUGCUCGUCUACGUGGCGGAACUUGUUGCCACAGACCCUGUGUUAGCGUGGAAGAAGGCCAAGGAGCUGUACGCGUCCCUCAGCCAGCCGGAGCCGGAGAACCAGGCGCGGCCGGAGACGCUGGAGCAGCUGGUGGUGCUGCUGGCGCGCGAGACGGCGCGCAAGGUGGUGCACCUCGUCAACUACACGCACACGGACCUGCCCAGAAACGUGAGCACGGGCUUGGCGGUGGUGACCAAACACCUCUCUUCUGCCGCUGACGCACUCCUCAAGACGCUGCCGGUGGACUCCGCGCUGGCCGAGGUGCGCGGCUGGCGGAGCAGGCUGGAGCAGCUUCUGCAGCAGCUGCAGGCCAGCUCUAAGGUCUACCUGGAGCACCUGGCCAUCUUCCUGGCGGGCAACGAGGAGCGCGAGAAGAUCGCGCCGCGCUCCUCGCUCGACCAGCGCGAGGACCUCGCCGCCAUCAACGGAGUCAACUAGCACUUGCCUUUUACCAUCUUUCGUUGGACGUUUUUAGACCACAUUGACUGCAGCAAGGUCUACCAGCGCCCACUGCAUUACUGUUUAUAUAUGUAUAUGAGAGAUGGAACAGGCGAUCUAAAGACAGUUUGCGGAAAUCGACAUUUUGUCAGUAUAUUCCUUAGUCUCAAUGUGCAAGCGUUAGGGCAAAAUACAUCAUGUCGAUUUUCGUCGUCCUCUGUGAGUGGUUAUCAUUUGCGUUGCUGCUUGGUCCCUAUUAGAUAUUUAAAUCAAUGUGAGAAUAAAAAGUAAGGCAGAUUGGAAUGACUCAUACUCUCGCGAGGCCUACAAAUAGUAUGGUAUUAUCUUACCAGUACUUACUUAUUUUGAAAUUAAAAAGGGGGACCAACUAGAGGUGGUUACUGGAAUACUCAAAUUUUAAAUAUAAUAAUUUUAUUUUAUGACGGUAAAGUUAUUCUUAUGAGCAUUUUCUUUUAUUUAAAAAUUAUUAACUAAUAUUGAAUUUAUUCGUUGUUAGAUAUCGAGUUCUCUCGUGGUGAACUUUAUUGUAACAAUUGUAUUUAUAAUGUUAUUAUUGUAAACUUAUUUGUAUUAUUUUAUGUUGAUCAUAAUUUAGAAUAAUACAAUGUAAGAAAUUAAAAAUAGAUAAUAUAAUGUUUUCUUUA